AUGUACCUACGACGCCUGGACACCGCCUUCAAACACGACGGAACGCCGAACUUCACACGAGUCGACUGCCUAAUCGGGCACUCCCAGCCGAAAGUAGCGGAAGCAGCACAACUCCUAUAUGACCAAGGAUUCGAGGACUACGACGUCAUCGCGGAAAAGCUCAAAACCAGGUUUGGUCUAUCACCAUUUGAACACUUUACCAGGUUCCAGCAGUUCCAACUGGCGUCUGACGAGCUAUUUUCACAGUUCGGUCCACGCCUACGCAACGAAUACCUCCGAUAUCUCGCCUUACCACCCAACGAGGUCGGGCUACAUGAGACCGCCAUCACGCGGGCCCUUAUCGGACAACUAUUGUCCAUCACCACUGGCGGGCUCCACGCCCAACUACAUGCGCGGGCGACAGCCGACCGUUCCCUCACAUGGGACAAAUGCCUGGCGAUAGCCGACGAAUACAGACGGACUCAUCCGGCUCCACCAAAACCGGCCGCAUCACCGGCACCGCAAUCACCCGCCAACCGCCCGCCCAAGAUGACGGCAUCCGGAGUCACAAAAUACUACUGCAAAAAUCAUCAGCGGACAUACCGCAGCAACAUGUCCGGGAAACGGGAAGAUCGGGCAGUGACGGCUGUCCUCUGCUCAAUCCCCAUGCCCACAGACGACAGCCUGACCAUCAUCAUCACUAUCAAAAACAAACGGGUGACUGCCCUGAUCGACACCGGAGCGACAAAAUCGUUCAUGGCAACGGACGUCGCCGAGGAAGUCGGCCUGUCUCCGCAUCCGACCCAAGCGAGGAUAUCCGCAGCAGUUCUUCACGUAUCCACGACCGUCAGUCACGCAGUGAGUACUGUUUUUACUCUUGGAUCGGCCGCGUACAAAGCCACCUUCUUAAUACUCUCCAACGCGCACUACCCUGUUAUCCUCGGGCUCGACACGCUGAAGAAUCUCCCUUUCUGCGUCACCCUCGACGGCCAGCGAGUUUUUUCCGGAUUUCAGCUGAUUAAACCUAUUAACGAAGCCCCGACAGCGCCGAUAGGCAAGGGCAUCACAUUUGUACAUGGAACGCCCGCAGAGCAACAACAGAUCGCAGCACUCCUGCGGCGCUACGCCCCUAACAUCUUUCAGUGGAGCGGUAAACACGGACUCUUCCCGCAGCACGUUGCAUUGCUACCGACCAACGGUGAAGACCCCGAACCCAGUCGCCACAUACGGCUCUCGCCAGACAAGCGGCCAUUGUUCCAACACAUCAUCGACAAUUACACCCGCGCGGGUAUAAUAGAACCAGCCCAGUCCACCACGGACAAGGCGUGUAUCGGCCAGACGAGUGCAUCGACGAGGGGUCAGGGUUGCCAGCUGACGCAGCAGCAGCAGCAGAGGAUAACGAAUUCACCACGGGAUUGUCCCGAUAGAGGGCGCCAGCAAGCGCCACAGACAGCACCAAGCACACCACGAACACUGCCACCACGGACACCACCAGCGCCUUCUCCAACAGCGUGCGUCUGCUCCACCAGCUGGGGAUCCUGCUAG